AACCUACGAAUCACUUUUACAACACAUGCCGUUUCUUGCGUUAAAUGCAAAUUUAAUUUCCGUACACAAUCGUAUAAUUUGUAAUACUUUGUGUUGAAAAAUGGUGAAUAUUGUGGACCUAGCACCGGAGAUGAUCAGCACUAUAUUUGAAUACCUUGAGCAAUCGAAGGAUAGACAAUGUCUAGCCAAAAGUCAUCCAGUAUUUAAGGAGGCUAUUGCCAUUUACGCCGUCGAAAGCAAAUGCUACGAGAAAAUACAAAUUGAGAGUUUGCCCAUUGAGGAUUGGUCGUUCAUAUUAUCCGCAUGCGGCUCAACUGUUCUGCACAUUGCGUGUUAUAGUGCGAAUAUUGCCUCGGCUGCCGUGAAGCUGGCAUCCGAAUAUUGUCCCAACUUGAAGGAACUUAUCAUUCCAAUACGCCACGAGUAUUGGAACGAGGUUAAGCCGUUGCUAGUGGGACUGGAGAACCUGAAGGGUCUGAUAUUGAGGAAUGACUACACUCCAAUUGAUUUAACGGACUUAGUGAAACUCCCCGAACUGAGAACCCUGCUAUUGUUUGCGUUUAACCCUAAAGACGUACUGCCAGUCGUCAAUUUGUGGCAACUGACGAAUUUAUGUAUAAGGAACGUCGACAUUGUGCUCAACAUCUACGAACUCUGCCGCGGCAUGGCGCAGCUUGAAAGUAUAGAAUUGGAACAGGUUCACGUAAACUUUCCAGCUACUUUUAUGCGUGAUCCGCUGUGGGCCAAGCUGAGGUACCUGAAAAUCGGGGUUGUACGUGUUUCAAGCGAAAUGCCGUACUUACCGCAGCUGAAAAUACUGUGCAUUAAAUGCCACUCCGAUAUAGAACUGGGCAAGAUAUUAGGCAGAUCGGUCACGCGCUAUUCAAACACCUUGCUGGCGCUGCGCUUGUAUUGCACUGACAAAUGCUCCAGCCAUGAAAAUAAUGCCAAGACCAUCGGACAACUAAAGGCCCUAAAAUCGCUUAUCUUCUCCAAUCUGAAUAAUACAUAUUUGCACUUCAUCAAGUCGGAUCAGCUCCAGAAGGUGAUCAUACUAUCCUCCAAUAAAAUAACCAACUCGUCAAUCCUUAUCCUACUCCGAGGGUGUAAGAACCUCCGAUAUCUCGAUGUCUCUGGAUGUAGGAGAGUAAACAAGAACGUUGUUGGUCCGCUCAUUAAUAUUCUGAGGAAAAAUAACGUUCAACCAGAUGAUCCAUUGGUUCUUACUGUUCAUUUAAAAUCAUUCGGAGAUGUCAACCAAGGAACUGGGACUUCGAAUUCGUAUUAUAAUUUGUUGGUCGUCAAAAUAUGCGAAAAUUUUAUACGUGAGCGUCCCUUUACCGUACCUGAUCCGCCCGUUGAAACUGAAUACUUAAUUAAUACUGAAUAAUUAAUUCAAUUUAAUGAAGUACCGAAUAAGAUGUAUUUUUUUAUUCAAAUGAAAACGAAAUACGCGGAAAGAUUUACCAUGGUAUGUAUGGUACCGGGUAAUCGGUAUGACAGCCACAAAAAAAUAAAAUUGUAAUUAAUUAAACGAA